AUGGCCGCCCGGGGAGGACCGGGCCCGGGCUCCCGGCACCGCGCGCUGCUCGGGCUGCUGCUGCUUUGCCUCUGGCUGCCGAGCGGCCGGCCUGGAGAGCCCGCCGCCCCGCCGUCGGGGGUCGAUCGGCUGCUCCAGGACUUUCGCCGGCAGCUGCAGCGGGCACGGCCGCGCGAGGAGCUAGAACCGGAGCUGCUCGGCGGCCCGCGGGAGGAUUGCCCGGGCGCGGGCGGUACGGCGGUCUACCGGGCCGUGCCCGAUACCAUCAUCCGCACCCAAGACUCCAUCGCGGCCGGAGCCAGCUUCCUGCGCGCACCGGGGACCGUGCGGGGCUGGCGGCAGUGCGUGGCGGCCUGCUGCUCCGAGCCGCGCUGCACCGUGGCGGUGGUGCAGCUGCCCCGGGGGCCCAGCGCGCCCGCUCCCAUGCCCGCGCCCCGCUGCUACUUGUUCAACUGCACGGCGCGGGGCCGCAGCGUCUGCAAGUUCGCGCCGCUCCGAGGCUACCGUACUUACACUCUCAGCCGCGCCGGGGACGCCGCCGGGGGCUCGCCCGGGCCGGGUGAGGAUGAGCCUCCACUUAGCAAGGCCGGGAAGGAUGUGGUUUUGCAUCUGCCCACAGACGGGGUGAUUCUGGAUGGCCGAGAAAGCACAGAUGACCACGCCAUCGUCCAUUAUGAGUGGACGUUGAAGCAGGGUGACCCAUCAGUGGACAUGAAGGUGAUUCAUGUCAUUCUUUUUGUUGUUGUUGUGCCUCAGCCAGGAACCCUGGAGCUGUCCCACCUGAAGGAAGGAGCAUACAUCUUCCAGCUGACUGUGACUGACACCGUGGGCCAGAGAAGCUCUGACAACGUGUCUGUGAGCGUGCUUCCCAGGAUCCACUCUACUGGAGGAUGCUCCAGCGUGUGCUCGCGCUACCAUUUCUUCUGUGAGAGCGGCUGCUGCAUCGACAUCACCUUGGCUUGUGACGGAGUGAGGCAGUGUCCAGAUGGGUCUGACGAAGACUUUUGUCAGAACUUGGGCCUUGACCGCAAGAUGGAGACAUACACAGCGGCUACUUCUGCCCAGCCAAGAACCACAGGACUGAGUGAAGGAGACCCCCGGUUUGAGAAGCCCCAGAAAGCCACUCCCCACAACCAACCAGCUACUGUAUCCCACACAGAGAAGAGGAUUCACUCCAGCCAGAGGGCGCCAGAGAGUCAAAUCAGUCCUGUCAUGCCAGACAGUAAUUCCUCAGGAAAGAACCAAGAAGAGGGAAGUUACAUUUUCAAGUCCAAGAGUGAUCACGCACGAGGGGACCACCCAGCCCCAGAAGCAGGUGCAGUGUUACCCCUGGCAUUGGGUCUGGCCAUCACUGCUUUGUUGCUUCUCAUGGUGACUUGCCGACUCCGACUGGUGAAGCAGAAACUGAAGAAAGCCCGUCCCAUUACGUCUGAGGAAUCUGACUACCUCAUCAAUGGGAUGUAUCUGUAAUGAAGAUUUUUAAGCAGCUGCGGGCAGGAUGGGCUUCACUUACAAUUUGUCCCUUGGGUUCUAUCCUUAAGACCUGUUGCUUUAAAUUGUGCAAGACAACAGUGCGGUUAUAAACCUUGUUUUAUCAUGAAAUCAUUUUUCCUGGGAAGUAAACGUCUUGAAAGGCAGAAAGGAAUUCAUGAGAUUGAAGUGUAUAGUAUGCUGAGACAGAAAGUCACUAUGCCAUGAGGUGACAGAUGGCAAUGCCCACCUUUCAUUUGAGAGGUGCCAAGUGCUGGCCCCCCACAGCUUCCCCUUGUCUUCCAGCCCUCUUCUCCACUGAGUUCUCAUGAACUCCAUUUUCUUUUUCUCAGCCCAAUACCUUUGAAAAGGGAUCCUAAGUGAAUUACACUCAGUGAGAUGAUACGAAUAGCAAGUCUGUAUGUUAUAAGCAUUCUGAAUAGAUCAGCAAAGUCCUACAGAAGAGGAAUAUGGGUUCUCCACCCCACCCC